CAAGCUCUCGUCGUGUCGUGGCGUGGCGCUCUCGUGGAGUAUAAGUUGGGCCGAAAAAUUUUCAUCUUUCCCCACUGACUACUGGUGUGGAAGGUGUGCGGGCGUUCAGUGUGUGUACCAACGUUUGUCGCCUUUAUUCAGUGUAAAUUGAUCCGAUGCCUUUUCUCCGGCAUCUUUGGAGUGAUUAAACAUUUGAAAUUAAACUCUUCCUAGUGAAAUUUGAGUUACCGAAGACACGGAAGGCAGUGUUUGGUUUUCGAUACAUCCUACAUCCCGGAACGGUUAAUCUUUGCGGCUGUGUGCUAGGACGAUCUUCGUGAGUAAGGAUGAGUCGACGCUUUUCGCGAGCAGAGUCCAGCUCGGAUCUGCUAGCCUUUCUGGACCGCGGACACUCAGCGAACAACGAAAACCGAUGGACUUUUGAAAUCGCAUGGGAGGUUGCCAACAAAGUUGGUGGAAUCUAUACCGUCAUCCGAUCGAAGGCAUUCGUAUCGACUGAGGAACUGGGUGACCAGUACUGCCUGAUCGGACCAUACAAGGAAGCAUCGGCCCGCACCGAAGUGGAAGCAUGCGAGUUUCCAAACAACGGCCCUUUGUACGGAGCUGUAUCGGCAAUGCGGAGCCAAGGUUGGAAGGUUCACUGCGGACGGUGGUUGGUCGAUGGAAAUCCUCAAAUCAUUCUAUUCGACAUUGGAUCGGCCGCUUGGAAAAUGGACGGCUACAAGCAUGAACUAUGGGAAUCGUCAAACGUUGGAAUACCUCACCUGGAUUUGGAGUGCAAUGAUGCUGUUAUCCUCGGUUAUACCAUUGCCUCUUUCAUUGAAGAGUUUAAACGUUGCGCUGAUCAAUACUCGCACGAUAACGAAUACGGACCCCCUCGUAUAGUGACCCACUUCCACGAGUGGCAGGCUGGCGUUGGUCUAAUCGCUCUCCGAACACGCCACGUAGAUGUGGCUACUGUGUUCACGACUCACGCUACGCUGCUGGGUCGAUAUCUGUGUGCUGGUAAUACGGACUUUUACAAUAACUUGGACAAGUUCCCUGUGGACGAGGAAGCUGGCAAACGACAGAUUUACCAUCGAUAUUGCUUGGAGCGUGCUGCUUCUCAUUUGGCUCAUGUAUUUACUACUGUUUCGGAGAUUACCGGAUACGAAGCGGAACACUUACUCAAGCGCAAACCGGAUAUUAUCACUCCCAAUGGUUUGAAUGUGAAAAAGUUCUCCGCUAUUCACGAGUUUCAAAAUAUGCACGCUAUGGCGAAGGAGAAAAUCCACGAAUUCACCAGGGGUCAUUUCUACGGGCACUUCAACUUCGAUUUGGAGAAAACUCUUUACAUGUUCAUCGCUGGCCGCUACGAGUUUACGAACAAGGGUGCAGAUAUCUUUAUCGAAGCAUUGGCUCGACUGAAUCAUUUGCUGAAGUCUCACAACCCAGAUGUGACCGUAGUUGCAUUCCUGAUCUUCCCUGCGAAGACCAAUAACUUCAAUGUGGAAUCACUUCGUGGACAUGCCGUGACCAAGCAGCUGCGUGAAACUAUCAACACUAUUCAGCAACAGGUUGGCAGACGAAUGUACGACACUUGCUUGAAGGGACAUCUGCCAGAUAGUAGUGAGAUUUUGACCAAGGAAGACGUGGUAAAGAUCAAGCGGUGUUUAUAUUCUCUACAACGUGACGGAAAUCCACCGGUUACCACUCAUAACGUCGUAGAUGAUUGGAAUGAUCCGGUUCUAGAAUCGGUUCGACGUUGUCACCUGUUCAAUACGAAGUACGAUCGCGUCAAGAUCGUUUUCCAUCCCGAGUUUUUGAACCAGACCAACCCUCUAUUUGGGCUGGACUACGAGGAGUUUGUCCGCGGUUGCCACUUGGGCGUUUUCCCUUCGUACUAUGAACCAUGGGGCUACACACCGGCUGAAUGCACCGUGAUGGGUAUCCCAAGCAUUACGACCAACCUGUCCGGUUUUGGUUGUUUCAUGCAGGAACACAUUGCCGAUCCGAAAUCCUACGGUAUCUACAUCGUCGAUCGACGUCAUGUGGCCGUGGAGGAGAGCGUUCAGCAGUUGUCGAAGUUUAUGUUCGAAUUUUGCAAACUGAAUCGUCGCCAGAGAAUCAUCCAGCGAAACCGUACGGAACGUCUGAGCGACCUGCUUGAUUGGAGAAAUUUGGGGAUCUACUAUCGUCAAGCUAGAAUAAAAGCAUUGCAGGCCGUGUAUUCAGACUACGUUGAUGAAUCGGAAAGUUAUAUGAAGCGAGCUAGUGAUUUCAACUAUCCACGCCCCGUCAGUGCGCCACCAAGCCCAAGCUCUUCCAGACAUACCACUCCGGCUCCAUCGCUUCAUGGCUCCGAUGACGAACAGGAUUCCGUCGACUCCGAGGAGGAAUUGGAAGAGCUGAAGACGGCCAAGUCACAUGACUAAAAAACAAAUCUAAUAUCACGUUAGCUAAAAUGAAAUCAUUGACACAAACUAUGACAGUAGGUCAACGGAUUCCACCCACUGCUGACAGUAUGUACUCAAUUGGUGGUUAGAAGAAAAACAAAAUAAGUGCACUCAACAGCACAACGUUAGAAAUGAGCAAAAAUUGAAGUGUUGAACCUUUCUCCGAUGCUGGUACUAUGUUGCAAUUUUAUUUUUUUUUUGUUUGUUGUGUUUACUUAAAUCUAGCUAGGGAACACCGGUUAUGAUUCAUACUUUUUGUGCCACACUGUUUCGUCCAGUUUUACCUUCUCUGCAGAUGAUCUACGACCACUGCUGUUUCUUAUUAUGUGUGUGUUCAGCCAUAAUGUAAAGCUAUGUUAUACUGAGAUUUAAAGAGUUUAUUUAGACUAAGCAAGCCUCCUGAGAAAAAUACGUUGAGACGAGUAGUUUUUAAUGCAUGAUAUUUCCUUUUAAAUCAACCAUCACCUAGUAGAGCUAAGGAAUAAACAGUCUGUUACAAAAAAAAA